AUGUCUCGGAUUAGGCUUCUCGUGCGGGACGGCAACAGAGGCAGCCAGCGGAUGAAGUCCUCCUUCACGGUAGCUCUACAGACAGCAAGCAAGCUGGUUACGCCGCCGCUGAUGCUCAGAAACCCGCUAUCUCUCGUGUCGACAGAGAUGAACACGCUGGCGAAAAACAUAAUGACGCUCAUUGGAUCCGGGCACCCAACUUUGAACAAGAUGACCGGUUACUAUUUUGAGACGGAGGGGAAAAGAGUUCGGCCCUUGAUUGUAUUACUACUAUCUAGAGCGCUGGGUCAGAUACCUUUAGAGGAAAGAGAUAACGUCAAGAUAGACUACACGGAUUUCCCUACAAAUAAAAUCGACCCCACCACCAUCAGAGAGAAAAUUCUAAGUGGUGCACCCGUGGCCAAUUUCUCCCCGCUCAAAGUGCUGCAUGGAAUAACGCCUUUGAACCCGUUGACACAAGGGGCUGUGCCCUUACCGGAGGAGGUGUUUGAUAAGGAGAGAGGGAUCUUACCAAAGCAGAGAAGGCUAGCGGAAAUUGUCGAAAUGAUUCACACCGCGUCCCUUUUACACGAUGAUGUCAUCGACCAUGCCUUUACGCGCAGGGGUAAACCCAGUGGGAAUGCAGCAUUCACAAACAAGAUGGCUGUGCUAGCGGGUGAUUUUCUACUAGGGAGAGCGACUGUGUCAAUCUCUAGGCUAAGAAAUCCAGAAGUUGUCGAAAUAAUGUCGAACAGCAUUGCAAACCUUGUAGAGGGAGAAUUUAUGCAGCUGCAUAACACUGAUAACGAAGACCCAAGGAGCCAGUCGCAAUUGCAUUCUUUGAUCCAGAGGGUUCUACCUACCCCAACUAAAAAACUGGAAACACAGGCACAUGAUUACAGGGUCCCCACCAUUGACGAAACCACCACAACUCACGAAGAAAAGGUAAACAACGCGUUGCAAUAUUACACGCACAAAUCGUAUCUAAAGACAGGCGCUUUGAUAUCAAAUUCUUGCAGAGCCACUGCAAUUUUAUCUGGUGCUAGACAGCCAAUAGUGGAGAACUGCUUCCAGUUUGGUAGAAACUUGGGAUUGUGCUUCCAGCUGGUCGAUGAUUUGCUCGAUUUCACAGUAUCCUCCAAGGAAUUGGGGAAACCGAGCGGAGAAGACUUGAAGUUAGGAAUUGCAACAGCCCCCGUGCUGCUUACUUGGAGAAAGGAUCCUACAUUGGGCCCAUUGAUCAAGAGGCAGUUCUCGGAGCCCGGUGACGUGCAAAGGGCGUUUCACGCAGUGAAAACGCACAACGGGAUCGAGGAGACCAGACAACUCGCUGAGGAGUACAGGAACAAAGCUUUACAAAACUUGAGGGAAGCAUUGCCCGAAUCCGACUCGAGGUCUGCAUUGGAAUUCCUGACAAAUGCCGUUUUGACGAGGAAGAAAUGA